CCAAAAUGGCCGCCCCUUCCUGAGAAUAGGAGGCGGACGUUAAUACGUUCCUUUCCUGCUACGAUUUGUUUGGAUUAAAGUGUAGUUGCACCCCACGAUGGCUACAGUCUGGGGGAACGAGGACGUCGCCUGUUACUUCACUACGAAGCAUUCAUGGCGUGGGAAGUGAGUUCAAUUAGUCUUGGAACCUGUGAUCACGUCCGGUCACAUCGCUUUCUUGGUGGUUAAGAUGUCAAAUUGUGCUUGAUUGCUCUUUUGUAAAUGGUUAUUGCACUGUUGCUUACAGAUACAAGAGGAUAUUUUCCAUCGGGACGAAGGGAAUAACAACCUACAACCCAUCGAAUCUGGAGGUCACCAACCAGGUAGAAAUAGUGACAUGCGAGCAACCUCACGUGAUCACUUAGUGCGACUUUGCUACAUUUUGAAACGUGCAUGCAUAACUUUAAUGAGAUUGCGGUUAUAUACUUUUUAUAUACAGGAAGAGUUACUCUACCAUCUUAUUUCUCUUCUCACGUUUAGUUCUCACAGUUUUUCCCUUUUUUUCCAUUUUACCAAUCUGUUUGUAGAAAAUGAAAUGACUUUUCUUUCACUUUAAAGUAAAUGAACAAGGAUAAAGUUGUUGAUAAACUGAAAUCUGACACUACGCUUUUACUAAAAGUGGUUCAAAGUUUGUAAAAAAAUCAACAGAAAAUACUCUGUUUGUAAUUUCAGCUGCUUUCUCAAAUUAUACCGUGCAUAGCAAUUUCCCCCAUGGGGUUUGCCAUUUUAAGUUCAACAAACUUUUUGUUUUGUGUUUAAGAUUGCAUUUUUUUAUGUUAAGGAUUUAUUAUCAGGUGUAGGGAUUUCUCUGAACUUUGAGCUAGCAAGCUUCUCAAAGAAUAGGCUGUCACAAGCUUAAUAAAUCAUCUGUUAGUUAUUUUGGACAGUCAUUUUAUGGCUAGUGGUGAUAACUAGUCCCUUCCGUCAUUUAAAAUAAUAAUAGAUCUAUACAUUACAAGGACUCUUUAUAAGAUGGUGCUACACUGAUGUUAUCAAACAAUUGUUUAGUCUUUGAGGAACAAAUGAUUGUUAUUUACCCAACAUUCAGUCUGCAGAGAACUAGGUUACCAUAGCAACAGCAUAAUCCCAUGAAAAUGCCCUUUUAUCACCAGCAAUUAAAGGAAGCUUAAAAGAGCAACCCCGUACCACCGCAAAUAAUUGAAGUAAUUGUAGGACAUUUUUUUCAAACCUUGCUAAUACAGAAUUUUAAAUUUUUUUUUUGUUGUUUCUGACUCUUUUCUCGUUAUUUAGUGGGCCUACAAUGACUUCUGCAGAAUUUCACCAAGUGUCAAGGCCACCAAUGAGCUUAUCAUAACCAUGAAAAAAAGUGAGUCAAAAUUUGAAAUAAUUUUUUGCUGGUUGAAACCCCAUUUACACGUGCUAAAAAUAUCAGCAUGGCACGCCAAAUUUUUGGCACUUUGUAACCAGUGUACAAUGACUGUAUGUUGACUAAAGUUGCAGGUUGUCAAGUACAUGUAUGUGUACCAAACUAAUUAUUGUUUUGUUUCUUCUAGCUGGUGCCAGCAAGAAAAUUCAAAGUAUGACAUUUUCCACAGAACACAGAGCAGAUCUGUUAACUCAAGCACUUGUAAGUCCUUCAGGAGCUUUUAGUUGCUAAUUAUACACUUUACAACUGGUGGUGGUUGGGAUCCUUUGGCCAUUUUUUGGUUGACAUCAUUAUGUUUAGUGUUUGUGUUGCUGGCCCUAACCAAGUGGCAUUGAUAUUAUACUAUUAUAUUGUUUUAUCAAUUUAUUAUUUAUUGACACCCCAUCUUGGUCACUGCUUUGCAAAAUAUAACUGUGCAUUCUCAACUUUGCCAGCUGGUAUGUUUAAACUAAUGUGCAUGAGUCCUUGAAAUUUUCAGGAGCUGCCAUGUUAAAAAUAUGUAACCUCUAUCUAGUAACUUUCCUGAAAAUGCAACCAAUGUUUUAUGCUACCCUGCACAGCGGCACAUCCCCAGUGGUCUAUUAGUAGGAAGUUUCCUCUCUCCCCCGGGGCAUUUUCCUUUUUGUGGCAAAAAUUUGCUUAGCCUGUUCGAGGCAUUCAGAUGGUAGGGAGUGGGUGAAAAAUUAGUUGGGUGCGGGCAAAAAAUUGAUGAGGGAAAAAAUCCAGGCAAAUGGUGGGGAGCACGCGAAAAAUUAGUUGGGCGUGGGCGAAAAAUUCCCCUCGCUUUUUUUGCCCUUGUGUUCCUUUUGCGCUCGACGCCUACUAAAAAUUUAACCCGCUCCCCACUAUCUUAUUUCCUGGAACAGGCUAAUAUCUGCUUUGAUUAACAUUCUAGAUGAUUCAUGUCGCAUAAUAAUUUUCACUGUCUUGAUUGCUUUUCAGCGGUUUCAUAAACAAUUUUCUGACUUCAAAGCUAAAAAUGAAGUGGUAAGUUUAUAAUAAUAUCAAUACAUGUUUUGAGGUUUGUGCGUGUACAUAAUGUAUCAGGUAGCUAUGGUGGGCACAAUCCAUUGAUUGAGGGCAGACAACUUUUCUGCAGCACUGCACAAAAUAAUAUUGACUUGACAUUAUAUGUUGUUCUUUCAGCGGUUUAAUGCUUACAAGUAUCACUGGAGUGACACAAGACUUCCUGUAGUACUAGAGGUGACAAGAAUAAUUAUUCUAUUUUUUAACCCUCCAUUUGUUUAACCUUUGCAUAAUUUAAACUGACUUCCUGUCCCUAGUUAAAUGCUCCAAUUUUACAAUCCAGUUUUUAAAACUCUGGAUUUUCCAAACCAAUUUUUGUAUUUGUUAUUACACUAUAGGUUACUCCAUGCUCUUUGGAUCAAAUUGAUCCUACAACAAGACAAAAACUGUGCUCAUAUGAUUAUAAGGAAAUGGAAGGAGUUGUUCAGGUAAGUAGAACAUUAAUAUUAAUAUUAUCAUAGCUUGAACACAUUAUUAUUAUUUUUGUACAGUAGUUCACUUGAGUCUGUAAAAGUUGCUUUUUCUUCAAAGCAUGCAUUAGAGAAUGUUUUCCUACAAACCACAAAAAGUAAUAUUAAAUGAAAGCUUUGUACAUUUUGCCAAAAUAAUUAGCUUUGUCUGUAUCACUUUAGGUGUCUGACUACCCAGGAGGAAUUGCCAUUGUUUACGGAGGUUUUAGCCGACUUGUAAGUUGUAUUAAAAAAUAAAGCUACUGCGUCGGUUAAGCCAUCUAUCAAUAUUAAGUAGCACUUGACAUGUCCAUAGUCUAGAGUUUCCAAAUACAGUGUACAGUAAGAACUUUUUGUUAAAUAGACUGCUGUUUUUUUUUUUCAGCACCUUUUUGCACUAGAACAGAGAGAUGAGCUUAUAAAAAAGAUGUCAGAAUAUUCCAUGGCAAAUGUUGGUAUCUCAAUUAGGUGAGCAGAGAUAUGGUGCUUAAUUACAUGUCAAUACAUGUAUUGAGCAGUCAUUUAAAUUGUUGAUUUACAUGCAAUUCAUUAUUAUUAACUACCAUUAAGUCUAUCUACAUCUUCAGUUAUGAAUACUGUUUUUCUCUUUAAACUACAGGCAAAGAAAUAAACCAAUUACACAUGACCAGUUUCUCAAACACAAAUUUGGAAAGUACAGGUAAGGUGACUGAUUUCAUCCACAGACUCAAAAGUUAGAACCACCUACAGUGUAGUGCAACAUAAUAGACAGUACUACAAGAAAGUACUGCUCAGUAGCUUUCAUUUGAAUGGUCACACCAUGGAAUUUCAUCCACAGACUCAAAAGUUAGAACCACCUUGUACAGCAUAAUAAACAAUACCACAGGAAAGUACUGCUCAGUAGCUUUCAUUUGAAUGGUCACACAUUGGAUUCAAAAGUAAUAGACUGAAUUGACUUCACACACAAGAAACAAAACCACAUAUUUAUGAAGCAUAACUUGCAUGCUAUCUUCAUAAUUUUUAACUACAUUGUACCUGUAUUAAACACCUACAGUGAAGAUGAACAUAUCACAUCAUUAGCAGAAUUCAAGGUUCAGAAAAUAUCGCCAAGACAACCGGUAAGCCAUUUUUGUAUCAUUAGCUUUAGUGGAUGAAAGGUUUGUUUUUGUCAUUCCAUCGAAAUGCUGUUAGUGACUGUUUAAUUUACUAAGUUCUGUAUUGAUACUGUUUUUUUAGGAUCCUGUAGUUCGUACUCUGUGUUUAUCAGAGACCUGUAUUAUAGAAAGAGAUCCUGCGACAUACAUCAUCGUCAGCUGUCUUCCACUGAGUGAUGUAAGUUGCAUAAUUUUAUUGUGUGUGUUUCAGUCAGUGUCAAUCCUAGCAUUAUUCAUCCCAUCAGCAUCUUGUAUUUUUCUACUCCAUUUAUGGUAUUAAUCAUUUCAAUGAUAGCCAGUUUAUAUAUAGACAGUGUGCACAGUGGAGUCUCGAUCUGUUUAGAGAAAAACCUUUCAGAGCAAGGUAGAAAACCAACAACAAACUCGACCAAAAUGUGGCAUCGACGCUGGGACUUGAACCCAGGCCAUAUUUGAGGGAGGCUAGUGCUCUCACCACUGCGCCACCCUUGCUCCCUCACUAGAAACAACCUCAAUGUUCUAUGCUGUUGUUUUAACAUCAGUGGCUCAGUGCAAACACUCUUUGUUUUCUCACAGGUGUUUGCUAUUAUUCGUGAAGUUGAUAAUCCUCAGUUGUUCACCUUAGAGUUUGUCAGAGGGACUACGAAGAAAUUUAUGUCAACUGACAGGUACAUAAAGGGCAAUGAAAGUUAAGUUUUAAGUUAUGUAUUAUUUCAAUAUUAUUUUAGUACUUCUCUUGAAGAAAUAUCUGUCUCCUUUUUUUGUUGCCAAUGUUAGCAUCACUCUAAGUUGUACCAUUUACAAAUGUAAAUUGCUUCAUAUUAAUUGUCGUUAGUGAUCUAAGAAAGUGAUUUUGAAAUGAAUGCUGCCCUUGAAUAAAUGCCCCCCUUUCAAAUAAGCACUGGAAAAAAAAUUCGUAAGAUUUAAUCAGCAUUAUGGCAUGGUGGCUGGUAUUUAACAGUAGCUGUAUUUUGUUGUUGUUUUGUUCAGAGACUCACUUCUGGCCAGUCUACUUGAUGGAGUGCGUGCAAGUGGCAACAGAGAUGUCUGUGUUAAAAUUAAACCAACCAAGAGAGGUGCAGUGCCAUAUCAGAUAAUAAGAUUUAAUAAUAUUGUUAUUACAUUUACAUGUUAAAGUGCAUUUGAAUAUUUUGUCCUUUAUAAUUAGCUUCCGUAUGUUUGCAUUCUUCUUAUCCAAUACAUAGACACAGGUUUGUAGUUCAUGUCUCGAACAGAAAUAACUUAAUAAUAUUUGACUGGUAAUACUUUUUUGAUGUUUCCCAGGGUUUAGAUUUGGGCCUGUAAUUUCCAAUGUUGAUGAAGAAGUGGAGAGUCAACACCUCAGAUUUCUCGCUGUUCCGCCAAGUAAGUGUCAACAAAAUUUGCAGUGAUAUUAAAGGUUGCACCAGGCAGAUUGCAAUAGGCAAUACAUUUGUAGGUCAAGAGGUUUUCUGGUGAAUGUGAGCAAUGUCAUGAGCAUACAGUGUUAUAGUAUUGAUUAAGCCAUCUGGAUGUUCUUCAAAGUAGAAAGACUUGCAAACAGAGUAUAAUGUUUUAUUUGUGGAAGUUAUUGAUUUUUAUUCAUUAUGCUCUUUGAAUAUUGGCUUACUCCAAUUUAACUUGUUUUCUGCUUCAGCUACUUUCGCAGAAGCAGUAGAAAGGUUCAACAGCAAUAUUCCUUACAAUGGACUACUGCAUGCUGUCACGCAAGAUGUGAGUACGGCAGUGGGCACGUAAAGGGCAUGUUGGAUUUGCCAUUUCGAGAAUAAGAAUAAAUGGAACAACUGUAGAAAUCUCUUGUUUUGGCAUUCACUUCAUUGCAAUAUCUGGACAUUUGCCUGAAAUAAAAUAUUCCAAUAUACAUAAUUUAUACAUGUGUGUAGAGUUUUAAAUAAUGUUCCAAAACUCAAGGUAGAAGAGAUUUGUAACAAAACUUUUGGGUACAUGUAUUCUUAUUUCAAAAUACGAUUAAUGGAACACACCCAAAGAUGUUCAAUGCACUAAACAUUUUUAUUAUUAUUUUCAUAAAGUUGUAAUUUUUAGUACACAUGCACUUUUGUGUACUGCAAAACAAGGACCAUAAAAAUUAAUUGUUAAAUAAAUACUGAUGUCAAUGCCCCUACCCCCUUGGCCAUCCCUUUUGGCCCUUCAAUUAAGCUUGCCUCUCCCUAACCUACAUGUACAGUGUAUGUUUCUUACUGUUUUAGUUUCUGUGCCUAAGGUUUUCUUGCACCUCUGUGUUUUAUUCUGACUUCAUCAUGAUGUUGUCUCUUUAGGGUCUGUUUGCUGAAAAUAAGGAGAAGCUGAUAACAGGAGCAAUCACUGCACUGCUAGCAAUGGAAGGUAAAUAAGACUGUUACAUUCCCAGACUUUCACUCAGCUAAACAGGGACUGCCAUUGGUUGAUUCUUGGUCACAUGGCCUUGACAAUGUACAGGUAUCUUGAUUGUGAUACAUUUGAGCAAUAUUGUAUCCUGCUCAGAUACAUUACAGCACAUGAUCAAAGCAUGAUGGAAAUUGGCAUGACAGAAGGCAGGAAAAACACUGCCAUUUUUCACUUUUGGGGAUGAAGACAACAACACAAAUGUGAAGCCUCAAGCUAAAAAGUAACAACUGCAGCUAGUGUACUGCUCAGUACAGCUGUACACAUAGCUUUUACAGUUUGUGUAUUUUAUUGGUCACACCCUUAGACUUCAACACUACUUGCUGUAAAGGUUAAUGUACUUUGACGACCCAUGUUUCUUUGCAGGAGAUCAGAGUACCAUCACUGCUGAAGAUCUUGAAGGACAGUUUCAGGCCAUUAGAAGACUUGUUGCUUCCAAAGCAGGAUUUCAAGCAUUCACCACCCUGCCCAAGUAAGUGGAAGAUUUUUAUUGCAUUUUUCAAGGAAAAUCUCUCGCACAACUUUUUUGGUUUAUGGACCACCACAAUUUAAUUAUCCACUCCCCUUAUGGGGCUUUUCUGGGAUGAUGAAACAGGUUGCUCUUUACACGUCCCAGGUUACCUGCUUCUGCCAUAACCUGGAGAGCUCUAUGGCCAGGUGUUUAUAAUGGUCAACCUUCUCCCUGUACUUGCUCUCAACAUUGGCGUCCCACAGCACAGCUAUAUCUAUGAUUUUUACCCUGCUAUCCACUUUGUCGAUUAGUACAGUGUUGGGGCAGCCAUGGUGAAUGGCCAGUCAGUGUAUAUGUUGUGGUUCAAUUUUAUCCUUGGUUCAAUUUUUAUUUUCUUUUGUUUGAAACUCAUUAUCAUACAUUACCAUACCCAAAAACAAAAGGAAAUAAAAAUUAAACCAAGGAUAAAAUUGAACCACAACAUAUAUGCUGAAGUCCCAUAGAAUUUUGGAGGUUCCAUUUUCCAAAGCUGUCUCCACCUUGUGUUGCCACCAUUGUUCCAAUCUCUCAAAUCCAUAGAGCCCAGUGGAUCUGACUAGCAAUUCGGUUAUGGCAGUUGAGAUAGUCGCUGUUUGCUAGCAUUUCACAUCUGCUUACAAUGUGGGCUACUGUCUCAUCCUUUUUUCCACAUUGUCUGGGUUUAGGGGAUUCAACAGAGUGGUAGAGUUAUUAUUAUUAUUAUUAUUAUUAUUAUUAUAAUCAUUAUCAUUAUUACUAUUAUCAUUAUUAUUAUUAUCAUCAUUAUUAUUAUUAUUAGCUAGCGAUCAGGGUGGGACUUGAACUCGGAGCCUCUGAAUUACAAGUCCAGCUCCCUAACCGCUCGGCCACACUGCCUCUUUAAUGAAGGGUAUCAUAAAAAUAAUAUGAGUCACAUCUGAUUCCAUUUGAAAGGAACCCUAUCAAAAGUACUUGCAUCAUGAACUGUCAACUUAUAGUAUGUUAAAUUUUGCAUUAUGGUUGAAAUCAGGUUUCAAAUGUCAAAAUUGACAUAAAAAGGAAGUUCUGGAAAUCAAUUUUCAUGGAGGUAAAAACUUCUCCAGCUUCGCUAUGAAUCACUGUGUACCCACUUUUCUAUUUUUCACAGAUUCAGAGAUAAGCUUGGUGUCAAGGUUGUGAAAGCUUUGAAAAGAAAUGAUGAUGGUGUCACACAUGCUGCCAUUGACACACUAUGUGCUCUGAUGCAGGUGGGAGAUAAUUUACCAUCGCAAUCUUAUCAAACCUUCAAACUGUAAACUGCCGCUUAUACACUGUAAGCCCCCCUCCACUUAUAUACACCCAAGUUAUAGGUGCAUUUACUUGUAAAGUAACAAAAACAAUAAAUCUUCUAGCCCCAAUUUAUUAUAAGCCCUUUCCCCCCGCCUCCCCUGUGAAUUUGAUUUAUUGUGAUGUGCUAAAGAUGUACAUUGUAAAAAGAAAGACCACCUGGAAGAACUCGUGCGGGAUUGCUGGAUAGAGUAAAGGAUGGCAGCCCUUACAUAAUGGUCAACAGGCGUGCCUUGGAUCAAGAACUAUAAGGAAGCGCCUUCCUGUGGGCAGAACACACACACACCCCUCCCCCCACAUUGUAUAAGCCCAGGGCUCAUAAGCAGUAUUGUAUGUAUGUGGCCAUCUGUCUUGAGCAACCACCUACAUGUACAUUGUAAUAAAAAUACCAAAUUCAGUUUUCUCAGUCAAAGCACUAUUAAUGUUAUUUUAUUUAUUUAAUUGAAAUUAUUCUAAAUUGAAUUUCAUUGCACAAGACAACCAAUGAAUACGCAGGGCUGUCACCAAGAUUUCAAGUUGCCGGGUAAAUACAACAAUUAGGUGGGGAGUCAAACAGCGAGGAUUUCGUUUGGUUCUAUUUUUCUUGUAUUGUCCCAUGAAAGUAGCUGGGGCCAUGUUCGUAGUAGCCAGGGGAAAUCGUCAGCCCGCGCCUCUUAAUGACAGCCGUGAUUAUAAGGUCAGAAAGAAUACAAGAUUCCUCAAGAAUAAGCCACCCGAGGUUCAAAUGUAGUUGGAACCACAUAUUAAUUAGUGACCACCUCUUAUAAGCAAUCGCCACAACUUGGCAUUCAGAGUUCUCACUUAUGUGAGGUUAGGCAUACAUACAUGCUGGACCAAAGUUCCUUGCUCUAACAUUUUAUCAUGUUUUAUUUUCAGCCAAUGCAUGAUAACUACGACCUUAGGCAAGAGCAGAUGAACAAGUCUUCACUUCUUUCAUCCAAAAAAUUCCUUGCUACCCUUUUGGAAAUCUUCACCACCCAUGUGGUUAGUAUUUGUUAUGAAAGUUAUCUCUAGCCCCUAGUCCUUAGUAGUCCUUCUAUUUCUUUUUGAUUUAUGGACAACGUUCCUUUCCUACAAAGAUAUCGGUAGGGAUCACUCUACGAGCAAAGGUUUCUCUCUUGCAUGGCUGUUAGUAUUUACGAAGUGGUUUCUCCCAGAGCGUAAACAAACCAACUGUGUGACUGAUAAGCGAUGCAAACGGCUCUGUAAAUGCCAAAAGCCAUACAAGAGAGUAACCUCUGCUUGCAGGGCAGGUAAGGAUAUUUUCUCAAGCCAAAACAAUAUCUGCAUAAGCAGCUAGUAUCUUUAAUAAAUUGCCUGUAAACGAAUCAUUUUUACGGCUGUUAACAUUUUUGUCUUGGUUUAAUUUUUAUCUUACAGAAUAGAAGCACUGGAGCUCUUGUAGUCAGUUCACUACUUGAUUUCCUCACAUUUGCACUAUGUCCACCAUACAGGUCUGUUAUAGUCCUUAAUUCAAUGAAAAAAAAAAGUGAAACAUAAUUUUUAAUAAAUUUGAUUUUAAUCAUACAGUGAAACAACAGAUGGAGUUCAGUUCGACACUUUGUUGGAAAUGGUUGCAGAUCUUGGUCGGAACAUUUUCAAACUAUUUCAGGUACAUCAAAUGCAUAUCACAGCUCAGUGGCAGAUCUAGGGGACCUGAGGGUUGUGCCACCCUUAUUUUACAACCAAAACUAGGCCUGUACGGUUGAGUCUGUCCCCCACCCCCCUUCACAAAGUCAGGAUGAUCGGGGCCUGACUUACUCAAAGUUCUGAAUGUGCCAAUACAGCACACUAUAAAUAAAUUUAUGCUCAAGAAAAACAGGUCAUUUCACAUAUUCAUCCUACAGUUACAUACACACCAUGUACUCCAAGCCAUUCUCCAGUAUGGUGAAUUAAAUUAAUGUACUACAGGAAAAUAAAAUCCUUGACAAAUGCAGAGUGAACUUUACAUUAAUUUUGGAGGUUUCAUUACUGAGUUUUCUGUAAUUAUUUCAUGCAUCGAUGUUCAUGUUGGGUUUCCUGUUGUAGCAUCCAUCCAUGGCAAUUGUCAAGGGAGCUGGAAUGGUGAUGAAAGCUGUCAUUGAGGUGGGUUUCAGUAAUUACCAGUAAAUACAACAAAAUUGUUGCUACAUGUAGAACCAACAAUAUUGUUUCCCUGUUCAAGAUUUAUAUUUGUAGGUAUUUUUUGUAACUCAGAACAAUACAAUGUAUUGUAAUACCAGUUAGAUUCUCUUUGCUUUAAAUUAUAUGAUAUGAUUAUGAUUGAUGACUUUAGGAAAUUCAACCAGUGCUUGUGGAAGAUUUCUUCCAUUGCCAGUAUUAAUUUUUGUAAUGUUAGGUCACCAAGGGUGUGGAGGCGUGUGUGGCUGAGUAGUAAACACUUUGAAAUCCGCAUCUGGGGGUCCGGGGGUCAAGCUUUGCCUGUCGCGUUGUUUCUUCAGACAAGGAACUUUAUUCCACUUUGUCUCUCUUCACCCAGGUGUAUAAAUGGGUACCGGCGACAUACUGCUGGAGGGUAACCCUACUAUGGACUAGCAUCCCGUCCAGGGGGGAAUAGCAAUACUCCUAGGUGCUUCAUCCUACAGAAACCAGGAUAAGCUCCAGCUGUUUGGGCCUUUGGCUUGUAUGCGCCUUUACCUUUACCUUUUACCUAGGUCAGCAAUGGUAACUAAGGUCUGUUUUUUUUGUUUGUGUGCCACAGGAGGGGGACUCAGAGAUUGCGGCUAAGAUGCAAGAUUUAGCUUUGGCUGAGGGAGCUCUACCUCGACAUCUUCACACAGCAAUGUUUACACAGAGCACUGAUAACAGACUGCUCACAAACAGGCAUGUGUCAUUAUUAGCGCUUUAAGCUCCAAUAUCCACAUAUAAAUUCUCCAUACUGAUCUUCAUACAUUUCCUUAAAGAAUUAGUUGAGAGAAUUUGAUAACGGAUCAAAGUGUUUUCUCUUAAGUGAUCAUUUUAUUAACUCUCAUAACCAUUUCUUUUGGGAACAUAUGGAUAUGAUUUAUUAAUGUUGGUCACUAUUGGGACUUAACUGCCCACCUACCCCUCCCCUAACCCAACAUUUUGCCCUAAGUGAGAAGUAAGUGUUAAUGUUGACUUAGGGGAGGGGCAGGCGGGCAGUUUCCCAGGAACCUAAAUUGAUCCCAACAUUCUGUAAGAAAAUAUUUACAAAAUCUUUUUGUCUGUCUAUAGACAACUCAGCAGACAUCUGGUAACCCUGUGGGUCACAGGACACCCAACAGCAAUGGGUCUGCUAAAGAGAAUAAUGGUAAGUUUUUGUUUUAUGUUUGGUGGUCCUGUGGUAUCUUAAAUUGUUGACACUCGAAGUUCACUGUAUUUCUUGCUCUCCUCUUAGCCUGCUGGGAUGAUGAACUUUCUCACUUCUGAUGAUAAGGUAAAGCUUUACUUGACCUUACUGAACUAAUGAAACAUAGAAAAAAGCCUUUAAAUAGUCUUGGUGAAUUGGUUCUAUUGGAAUGGCUAUAUUUUCAGUACCAGUACUUCAUCCACAGACUCAAAAGCUUGAAUUACCUUGUACAGCAUAAUAAACAGCACCACAGGAAAGUACCACUUAGCAGCUUUUAUUUAAAUGGUCACAUCGUAGAAUUUCAUUCACAGACUCAAAAGUUUGAACCACCUUGUACAGCAUAAUAAACAGUACCACAGGCAAGUAUUGCUCAAUAGCUUUCAUUUGAAUGGUCACACCAUAGGAUUUCAUCCACAGACUCAAAAGUUAGAACCACCUUGUACAGCAUAAUAAACAGUACCACAGGAAAGUACUGCUCAGUAGCUUUCAUUUGAAUGGUCAUACCAUAGGAUUUCAUCCACAGACUCAAAAGUUAGAACCACCUUCUACAGCAUAAUAAACAGUACCACAGGAAAGUAUUUCUCAGUAGCUUUCAUUUGAGUGGUCACACCAUAGGAUUCCAUCCACAGACUCAAAAGUUUGAGCUACCUGCAGCUUGCACAACCUAAUAAACAGUGUCACAGGAGGGAUAAAGCUCGUCACACAAGGACCUACAAGCAUUAACAUUGGAAAAUGCUGUUGUGCAGCAGCUUUCACUGGAAUGAUUGAAAAUGUGGUGUACCACUUAUGUUACAUACCUCUUGUUUAAUUUUGUGUGCAGGGUAUGAUCAAGUUAUAUAAUUUUGUUCUCUUUGCAUUGUCACUCACAGGUGCCAGAGACUGAGGAAGACAAACUCCAUGUGCGAGACAACGUAAAACUUGCUGAAGUAAGCUGUCACCUUUAUUGAUUUUGCUGGCAGCUUUUCUUUGUGAUAAUCGUUAUGUAGGUCCUUAUUCCAUUUGUAGCAUGAGGUACACAAUUCUUUUUUAUUGUUAGUUUUUGUCAUUUAGCAAAUCUUAAGCUUUCGACAGUUUAUCCAAUGACUGGCAUUAAGUUAAACCACUGUAAAUCCUCUAUGAAGCCCCCCUCUCAAAUAAGCCCCCUACCUCUAAUAAGCCCCCCUUUUCAGGGGAAGAAAAUUAAUAAGCCCCCCCUCCCAUAAUUAUUCUUCACUAAUAAGUGAUAGACUGUAUUAAUCAAUCACGACUGUAAAACUUUAUGUGGACUGAUCUGGGAUGGUUUAUUCACCAGCUGGAAGUUCGGACUUGAUUCUGAUCCUUGCAUGACCUCCAACCUUCUUGUACUUAAGGUUUUCCACUUUGUAUUCUAAUUCUUUAUGGAGAACUGAUACCAUCAUCUUUUCUAAAUUAAAUAAGCCCCCCCCGCCCUCAAAUGGGCGUGAAAAAAAUAAGCCCCCCAGUGGGGGGGGGGGGGUCUUAAUGGAGGAUUUACCGUAAAAACAGCAACUGAACUUUUCAGUUAUCGUGAGGUUCACAUUAAUUCAUUCUUUGAUGUUUGUCUCAUGAUAUUCAAGGUCAAUUCAGAGUCUUCUGCAGUUUCUACAUUCAUUUCUUUUUAUUUUAUGCUGUAGGAUUCCUCUAAACCUAAGAAACAUCAGUAUCUUGUACAGCUAGAUGUAGUGCUGACCCACUGGAGAACAAAGAUGGGCUUCAAAUCAAAAGAAGUAAGAAUCUCUACUUUCCUUUUUCAGCUUAUACUUAAGUAAAAUAAAACUCCCUAGAGUAAUGAAAAGUUAAAUUCAACAACAACAGCAACCACAAUAAUGCAAAAGCAAUUUGAAGUUUGUAAACUGCCAAAAAAGAUGAAUACCAAAGGAAGAUGGAACAGUUACUCUGUAUCUGCGCCUGCGGGCAAGCUACUGUAUCUUCAAAACUAAUACUCUCUUAACAAUCUUAUUUCUUCCACAUCAAAAGCAGAUAUUCUAUCACUGUUCUAGUGAUCUAUUGUAGAAGAACUGUCCAUCCUUCCCUGCUGGCAGAUGCCUCUUUUCCCAUAACCUGAGAUCAGGCUAUAUUUUCAUUUCGUUGGUAAAUAACAUUCCGGCAGGCAAGGCGAAACGAAAAGAGAGCCCCAAUUUUAGCGGUAGCAGUUAGAGAGAAUGAGUAUGAGAACCGCUAAAAUUGGGCCUGAUCUCAGGUUACUUUUCCUCCUGCCCGCCGAAUACCAGGGAAAAGAGGCUUCUGCCAGCAGGAAAUGUCCAUCCUGUUGUUAAAAUAAAAAAUGUGUCUUUUAUCAGUCUCUUUUAAUAAUGAUGUUUAUUAUUUAUUGGUACAGACAAAUCAGAAGCCUGUGAUUUUAAGAAAAAGAAGACAAAGAAUAAAAAGCGAUGCGAACUGGGAGCUUUUCUAUUACAAGUAAGUUAGAUGCAAGACUGCAUGAAAUGCUUUUUUAGGGUAAGCGCCCACUUUCCAGUGAAUCCUUCUGUUCAAAUAUCGCUUCAAGGAAGGGUGUGGUUAAUUGUUUUUUGUAAUUACUCUUGAAUGAAUGGGGCUACGAAUUGUUAUUGAAGAUGUUCCAGCAUGGGCUAAGAAUUAAAGAAUCCUAUCAAUUCCCCCUGAGUAUUCUUUUGUUCAGAGAUUACUUGCCACAUGGCAAUUGAUUUCAAGGCAGUUCAACCCUUUUAAGUUAUCUAUUCUCCAUGAUAUAAAGAUUUAUGCUGAUGUUGCCCAUGCAAUUUCCACUAAGGCAACCCAGGUUGUCCUGGACCUCACCUCCCUAUUUAAAGAAACUACCCUCUUCCUCCUCUAGAGUCUGUACAGGUAUGGAACUAAGUACAUGUACGUACAGUUGCAGGACAACUACAAGAAAACUUCCUGCCAUAUUCCAUAAAAUUUAGCUUGGUAUAUGCCUCUGGAGUCUUCAUGCAGUUCUCAGCACUAUUUUUUUCUCAUGUUUACAUCAAGAUGCAAGGACCUAGUCCAUGUCAAAAACUGAAGUUUAAGUGUGUUCUUUGUUGCUGUUGUUGUCUUAUAGGUUCAAUCAAGAUCAUUCUCAACCCAAUCUCAUCUGGAACUACAAAGUAAGUUGCCAUACUAUGCAAUUGAGUUGUUAUUGAUACAACAACGACAACAACAGUUUAUUUCUACUACUGUAGACAACUAAAAGAAUUUACAAGAAUACGAUUAUAAAUAAAUAAAUAAACAGUACAUACAGUAGCAGGACACCCAAAACAACUCAAAAGCUAAACUAGUUGGGUGACCAUAAUUAUGAUAGGAAAAAAUUUCGGUCUUUUCCUUUUUUACCACACGAUCCUUUUAUUUGAAAUUUCUUUGUAGACAAGAGAAGAACUAAGAGAAGCCUUAGAAGCUGAAAUGAGAGCUUUCACAGUAGACAAGGUUGGUCACAAAUUAAGUCUGCUCGUUGUGCAAUUUAUUAUCUGGAGUGUAAACCCUGGUUAAAAAGUCAUUUAAAACACUCACCAUUUGCAAAAGAUAGAGGCUUCUAAGAAGCCUGUCUAUCUUUUGCAAAUGGUGCGUGUUUUAAAUGACUUAAUGUACUGUAAGUGAGUACAUUUCCUUGACAUCCACUGCAUGAAUACGACGUGAAUCUCCUAAUGCGACGUUUUAUGGAGGGCGCGCCAACAUACGACUGUAAAUUUUCGUUUCUCUUCUGACCUGGAUAAAUUCCCUUAAGAAUUCAACUUCAGAAGAAAUCGUCUACAUUUGAAAAAUUAAAUGGGUCCAAAUUCACGCGGAAAAGUUUGAAGGGACGCAUAUUUAUUUUUUUAGCGACGUAUUCACUGCCCUCGUCUUCAUUGCUUAAGUUCUCUAUUUUAAUAGAGAACUUAAGCCUGGAAAACCAUGGUUUUCGAAGAACUCAUGCUUUAUGUUUUACUCGUUUUAAUGAACAGGAUCUUGGUCAAACUCAUGUUAUCUCGUGGAAUCAUCAAGAGUUUGAGGUACGGUAUGAGUGCCUCAGUGAAGAGAUCAAAAUCGGGGACUACUAUCUCAGGCUACUUCUUGAAGAAGAAGAGGAAAAAACACUGAUUCAUAAUGCGUAAGUUUUGUAUUAACGGGAGCUAAAAGGUAUUAAUGCAAACUAAUGCACAGACUCAUACCAAGUCCUCCUCAGUUUGAAACAAGAGAAUGUGGGUUGCCAUGGGCACCAUCCACCAAUCAUAACUAACGCUUAUUACCAAAAUGAUCCCAGAAAUCGUCGCGUGGCAAGCUUCUACCCAUUCUCCCUGAAAGUUUCAAAAUUGGCAAAUUGAAACUUGAGUUUCCUUCAAUGUUUUUAUUUUUGGUAUUUGGGGGGCAAUGCGUGGAAAUUUUAGAGCUAAGGAGUGUUAUGUCGUUUCUUUUCAGGUUAGAAUUUUUCAAUGACCUUUACCACAGAUUUCUUCUGACAACCAAGUCUGUCAUGAAAGCAAUGUGUUUACAGGUAACCAUAAAAGCAUCGUUUAUAAACUAAUGAUCUGCUUUUAUCCUUCAGUAGAAAAAAUUUUGUUAAGUAUUUGAAUUCUCGUUAAGUUUAUUUCCAGGCUCUGUAAUUUUUGUGAACACACUCAUCCAGGGUUUAUUCUACAUUAGAUAAGACUUUGUCGAAUAUUUUCUAUUCGUACUAGGCAAUGACCAAGGUGUAUAGCAGAUGCUACGAUGAAAUUGGUGCUUUUAAUGACACAAGAUACAUUGUUGGAAUGCUUGAAAAAGUAAGCAUAACCUUGCUAUGUUGUAAUUUAACUUCAUGUCUCUCUGGUUAAUGCUAUUUAUGCUAAUCUACUUUAUUUAACUCUAUCCUCUCCACAAUUCUUCUUCAAUAGCCUCUUCACUCACAGAAUACUUUAGGGCGAGAUUAUAGGUCACUCUAUUUUUGAAAUCUGUGGAUGAAAUCCUAUGUUGUUACCAUUCAAUUGAAAGCUACUGAGCAGUACUUUCCUGUGAUACUGUUUAUUAUGCUGUAAAAGGUGGUUCUAACUUUUGAGUCUGUGGAUGAGAUCCUGUGGUGUGACCAUUCAAAUGAAACCUCUUUGACAGAGCUUAAGCAUGGCACUCUUUAUUUCUUUGGGUUUUACCAAAAUGAAUUUUAUUUAUUUUGUGAACUUUUUGGUCAUUAUCUGGAUUGAAAGGGUUAGGGCAGAUAGUGAUUUGUAGUUUAUAAAGAAUUGGGCCCGAAGGCGUGAGGGACGGUCGUGAACCGAGCGAAAGCGAGCAACGAAGGUCCGAGACGAGAGACGUUCCACCAAACCAGCCGAAACCAGUGGAAACGGGCUUUGAGAAAGUCUACACCUGAAGCAGCAAUUUAAGUUAAUUUUAUGUUCUGUUUUUUCACCGUGCAGACGAUAGAUAAACUGGAAAGAGAUCGCCUUCUUCUCUUCCUGAAUGCACUCAUCAAGCACAAGGUAGCUGUGUACUUUUAUUUUUUCGCUUUUCCGUGUUUGCUGAAGUUCUUUUUUCUUUCUGAUAUUUGCAUUGUGUACACUAUCGUACUGCGACCGUAGGUUAAGUCGAGAAUGGGAGAAAAAAGAAUAUUUGUGGGUUCGUUCUUAACUCAAAAUGGUAAGAGUAAGGUUUUAUUCAAGUUGAGUGGUGCGCUCAACAUAAAAGAAUUGUAUCUUUGUACUUUCAUUUAUUUAUUAAGGGUACUUUCGUAUUAAGGGUGGUUGUUUAUACCCAAAGUCUUCUAGCGUAUGUAAUGCUUUUAAAACGUUUUCGUAGUUACCCCAUAUUCAGAAAGGCAAAAAUGGGGUCACCAUCCUUUUUUGGAGGUGUAGCAUAUCGAAUAUUGUAGUGUUUUUAGAACCUUCAGUCAGUACCAUACAAUACCUGAGAGAGUUAGUGACCAUUUUUCGGGUAAAGUCGAUAUGCUUAUAAAUUAUAAUAUGUAUUGGCUUCUUCAGAAAAAUGUCAAAGAGAUGAUGGAUGUAAAUGGUAUUAAAGUUCUUGUGGAUCUUCUUACACUCGCCCACCUUCACACCACCAGAGCUGUUGUACCAUUCCAGGUAAUGUGUAGGUUUGAAUAAGUUAUAUUUUUCAUCCAACAAGAAGUUGUAUUUCUUUUUGUCAUGUUAAGUGUCACAGGUUGUAGCUAAACUGAUCAAGCUUUACCCCGGGUACCAGAGGUUUUUCUCGCGUGCGGCGAAGACGCGAGAAAAACUUUCCGCGCGGGUCACUAUAAAGACUUGACAGAAACCGGAAGCCGCGCUAGAAAAGUCCCUGGCACCCAGGGUAAUCAAGCUUUUUCGCCGUAUUAAAAUAAAGUAGCUGUAGAGUGUUUGUCGCUUAGGCGUUUGCGUGACAUUGUCAAAUUUUUUUUUCCAAAAAAGGCUCCUCGUAGAUUUAGGACGCGUGACGGGGCGCUGUUUACGCUUGAGUUAAGAUACUUUCUACAGAUUCUAGGGUAUUUUCGACCAGUCGGUAAAAAGUACAAGUAGCCGCGCUCAAGAUUCAUUUGUCUGUUUCUAUAUUUUUUAUAGAGUAACCUGCUGGAAGCAUCUCCAGAGUCCAUGCAAAAAGGGACUGAAAAAGAGUGGUACUAUGGAAACAAGGAGAGGGAAAGAUUAGGUCCUUUUAGCUUCAAAGAGGUCAGUACUAGCAUCUGUAAGAUAAUGAAAAAUUUAUUGGCAGUUCUGUUUUGUUAAGCCCUGUCCUCACUAGCGACCCAAGCACAAGCAUAAGCAUAAGCAUUACCAUAAGAGAACGCAGGCAUAAACCUAAGCAGCCUGCGUAGAAGGCGCUUGGAAGUAAGGGGCACAGGAAAGAACGGCGCGCGCGAAAGAGACACGCGAGGGGAGAAGGAGUAAACGAUUUUCAUGGGCCUCUCGGGCAGGUGCUCUCUCUCUCCUCUCGUGUCGCUCUCGCGCGCCACGCUCUUUCUUGUGCUCAUUACUUUCAACUGUCUGCUGCGCAGGCUAAAACAUAAACAUAAGCAUAAAAAGCUUAUGCGUUAGUGAGGACGGCCGUGAUAUAGUCAUGAGAAUAAGUAUAAGAACGCAAGGUUUAUAUGUCAAGGCCGUCCUCGGUCGCGUAAGCUCUUUAUGCUCCUGCAUAGGCAUUCUUGCAUCGAUAGUGAGGACCAGGCUUAAAACAACUUAAAAGAGGAUAUCAAUUCGUGACCGCUAUUUCAGUGCACGUUGUAAAUUUUUCAGAUGAAGGACAUGUCGGCAGAGGGUACUCUCCGCCCUGAAACAAAGUGUUGGGCGCAAGGUAUGGAUGGAUGGAGACCACUGCAGAACAUUCCGCAACUCAAAUGGUACCUGCUGGCCACAGGAAAUGCUGUUAUGAAUGAAACAGAUCUGGCUGUGUUAAUUCUGAAUAUGCUGAUCAAAAUAUGUGAAUUCUACCCCAACAGGUUACAACAUCAAUUUUAUUUUUAUUUGUUGCUUUGUUUUCUCCCAUGAACGCAGCCUGCGAGCGGCGUGCGAGACGAGACGCCCCUCGCUGCUUUGCCGCUUAGACGCGCGUUUUUUUCAAAAUAGAGAGCUUGCUCCCAGGCUACCUUGAAUGCAUCCUCGAAACGUCUGGUAUUCCUCCUUUUUCAACGCAUAUUUUGAUAAACAUUGUCAUUAACUCGAUUAUUUGCGUUGCACAGCCAGUUUCUUCAGAAGUUUUUGUAAUGCUACCUCAAAUGUUGUAAUGCGGGCAGUUUUUUUCAGUUACUUUUUAAUCACUGUGGAAGCAAACGUCCGGCUGGUGUCUCUGUGUACUCUUACGUAAUUUUGGUGCGUAUUCGAAGUUCCCCUCUUUUAACCAUAAAGAACUAAUGUUGUGUCUUAAGCUCAUCAUGGACUUCACAUUAAUCCGACAUAAUAAUUUGUAUUUUUGUUUGUUUGUUUUUCAGAGAUAUUGAUGGUGCCAUUGUCAGGCCGCUACCAAGAGCAAAGAGAAUGUUAUCCGAAGCCACCUGUCUGCCGCAUAUAGUUCAGGUAUACACUUGAUUUUGUGCUUGUUCUUGCUGAAUCCUUCUCAACUGUCUUUUUCCAUCCCUUUUCAUUUGGCUUGAGGGAAUGGCUUAAAUAGAGCUCACUGAAUAGCUUGAACUCCGAGGUUUGAAAGAUGCUGAAAUUUCCUUAAUACCCAUCACAACAGCCGUUCAGAGGCUUAGCUUUAAUAUUGGGAUGCCACUAUUUCAUCCUAUGGAUUCUUCCCCCCCCUACCCUUGGGAUUGCGUUACCAUCCCUUGGGAUUCCACUACCCCAUCCUUGAGAACUCUUGAACAACCCCACACGUGGGAUUCCACUAACUUACCUUUAGGAUUCCAACACCCCACCCCUGAGAUUCCAUUAUCCCCUUUUUGGUACUCCAUUGCCACACCCUUGAGAUUUCAUUACCCCGCCCUUAGAAUUUCAGCUCCCCUUUCAUGACUUUUAGUUUAUGGGUCACAAAAGUCCUUCUUUGCAUCGCGUGCUUCACCCAUCGCCAUUAUUGUUACCUUGUAGUAACUUACAGACACCACUGUUUAACGAACUUCUAAAAAUCUCUUGUAAUGAUUUUUACAAUUCUAAGAAUCCGUCUAAGUUUUUUUUUUGUCAGAAAUGGACCUGUUUUAUGACACUUAACAGUUUAUGUAAUGUGUUAUGUAGACGCACAUUGCACGUACACGCACUUUUUAAUUUUUUUCAUUAAAUUCAUGCACUGUCUCCGUCAUUGCAGCUGUUAUUAACAUUCGAUCCCAUAAUUGUGGAGAAGGUUGCCAUUCUGCUUCUAGAUGUGAUGGUGGUAAGCGAAAAAUUUAAUAUGAGCUUAUUCUUAUGAUAACUUUGUUAGAUUAAGGCUAUGUUCACAUUAAACUGGAUAGCCUCUUGCGCCGACACGAAAAUCUUACGGGAUAGGACUUCUGUUCACACACAAGAAGGAUGAUCUUCGCGCCAUUUCUGUAACGGAGCGAAGCUGCGCCACACCGAUCUUGCAAGUGGAUCGUCACAUAUCGCAUAGGUUUCUGCCACUCUUCAUCACAGUGUGAACACUUUAUUCGGACUGUAGCGGAAGUGAAUAGACAGCUUUAGAGCGAGAUUUUCUCAGUACUAACUAGUGCGCGUGCGUGAACCAGCGUUAUUUUGGCGGGAAAAUGUGGUAGCCGUCUUCUCUCUGCUACGAAUUUUAGCGAGAAUGUCAAAGUGGCGGAAACAAGUUAUCAAAUGUUAGUAGUUUUAUCUUUUUGCGAUCAGGAAAGGGUGUAACCUCCUUCACUUAAGGCAGCAGUGUUAACUUUUAUACUGAAAACAGGUAAAAUGAAGCUUUCCGGGGAGUCUAUAUUUUGAGAAUACGUGAAAAAACUUGAAGUCAAAUCUCGUACUCGUAGUCGUCCUUGUCCUUGAAUCUAAAGGUCUCUAAUAAGAGGAGGCGAGGACUGGAACCCACGGAAACGGAAGUAAAUAUUCAGGAGGAAAGGAACGAUUGGUAUUUAGUGCACCAUGCUCACUCGGCCAACCGAACCGGUCGAUGUUUGAUGCGAGUCGGUGAACGACUUGUUUCAUUUCUUUGUUGUUGUCAUUCGUAAUGUUCCCGACAGCUUUUCAUGUCCCCACGAAAAGUUAUCCGGCAUAUUGUAGGCAUAGCUUAAGUCCUGACAGCGAUCGUCAAUCAAAAUUGCAAUGGGAAUUAACGGUACGAUCAUCGAAGAUAUUACAACGAUAUUCUGCUUAGUACAGCUGUAUAGAAAGUGUGAAUUUAAAUGAUAAUAGUGCGGUCAUGCUGUGAGUGCUAACAGUGAGAAACUCUGCCAAUCCUUCUGUACUGCAAGUUUUACAAGGGAUAAACAAGAAAAUGUUUUUGACCCCAGCAAGGAUUGGACUCACGUCCUCCCAACUGAGCUACGAGGCUAAUUGGGGGGCAGGUCAUGAGCGUUUUGAAAUUUUAGUUGAUGAAGAUGUUCUUAAGGUGUCACUGAGCAUGUGUUUUACGGGGGGAAGUGGGGAAAGGAUCAACCAAUAAAAAUCUAAUAAUUCUAGGAAAAUUAGAACCAUCAGUUGAGUGAAACCACUCAGUAUUUUUUUUAUCUUUGGUUCCAGGACAAUCCAAUCCUACCUCGACUGUAUCUUACUGGAGUAUUCUUCUUUAUCAUGAUGUACACGGGUUCAAAUGUUUUACCAAUUGGAAGGUAACGAAACGUUUUCUUGCAAUAGCCACAUCUUUAUUUGCAUCCCAAGUGAACCACAAUGGAAAAUGAAAGAUUUCAUUUCGUACAGUUCCUUAAGGGUAGAUUUCCUCUGAAGCGUUAUUUUUACGUGUUUACGCGCGUUAAAUUUACGUGCGUAUAUAAAGUAGAGGAGAUGUAUGAAAAGGCCGCGUGUAAACGUAAAAUUGAGCAGGGUUCAACUUGAACGUUUACGCGCGACCUCCCAUACAUUGCUUUUAUGCUAUUUACGCGCGUUAAAUUUGCGCGCGGGCGCACGUAAAAAUUACGCGAUACUGGAAAUCCACCUUAAAGCAAGAUUUUCUCGGCAAAAGUGAUGCUGAAGCACUAUAGGAUUUCGACCUUGGACUCGAAGUUAGAACCAACUGUUCAUACCAAAAUAAUUUUUGAUGGAGCUUUAGAUGCGCUUCGUGUAUGUUUUCAGAUUUCUUCAGGAAGUGCACACAAAACAGGCCUUCAGGACGGAGGAGGUUUGUGAUGAAAGAAGUCUCUUUAAUGCAUGAGAGUAGUAUUGGUGGUACAUGUUGUUGUUGAUGUUGUUAUAUCGUUUUAAAUAUCAUAAAGUUGGAGAAGCGCCGUCGAAGAUUUAGCGUUAAGAAAUGAACAUUUUCGUUCGCCUCUUUGCUUUUAAUAUUGAAGUAGAUCAGGCAUUCUAGUUAGCGACCAACAGAAAGGUGAAAAUAGAAAAUUAAAUAAAAUGUCCUGUCAAUUCUAUCCCUAUAUUAGAGGGUCACCUUUCUAAUACGGCUAACCUUGGUCUAGACUGCAAGCAGUCUCUUUUUCUCGUUAGAUUUAGUGAAGGGAGUGCGCGCGCGCCAGCAUCGACUGGCGAAGCCGCGAGACGCGAGAAACGAGGGCAUCUCCAGUCUCGCGCGCGGUCAUUUUAGCUCGACGUACUAAGAAGGAGAGACUGCUCGCAGUAUUGUAGUCUAACUUUGGUCCUUAACGCUGGUCAGACAUAUUCUUUGACUCUCAAUAAUGCGGAGGUCCAAGGGUAUCCGAAAGGUUGACUUUAGAAGAGGGAAAAUAUAACAGUAAAAUAAUAACAAAUUUUCUUUUCAGAAUAAAUCUUCGGACUUGAUCCAGAGAAGCAUUCUUGGCCCUCUCCUUCCAGAGGCCAUGGUUUGUUACCUCGAAAAUCACGGUAAGGUGACAUUUUACGAUUCUUCUAAGAUUACGAUUUUAUCACUGUCAUGUGCCACAGCAAUGAUGUAGCAACUUUUUUUUUUUCACCCAGGUCACGAAAAAUUUGCGGAAAUAUUCUUGGGAGAAUUUGACACGCCUGAAGCCAUCUGGAACAGCGAAAUGAGGUAUAGAGAUAUUGCUCUUGCCACGAGAACAUAAAAUUCAUAUCUUCGAGCUAACGUGUAAUAUUCUUUUUAUCAUAUAAACAUACUGAUGACGGCGUUUUUGAUGAUUUUCCGAAGAUUUCCGACCACCUUCCGAAGAUUUCCGAAGAUUUUUCAAAUUGUCCCGAAGACCAGACGAACGUUCCCGAACAUUUUCCGAAAAUUUCCGAAGAUUGCCGAGCACUUUCGAGGAAGACCCGACGAUGUUUCGAUGAUACACCAACGAAUUUAAGUACAAUUUUUAAAAGAGACAAACCUGAUGUCAGUGAAAUUAUCGAUAUCUUCACAUGUAAAAAUAUCGUAUUUUUACGUGUGUUCAGAUACCACAUUUCUCGGUGGUACAAAUCCUUGUAAAACACUGCAGUUUAUAUAAUAAUUGCUUUUUUAAACAAUUCAGUUUGUUGUUUCCUGCUUUUGUUUUAGGCGUAUGAUGAUAGAGAAGAUCGCUUCUCAUUUAGGAGACUUCUCACCCAGGCUUCAAAGUAACACUAGAGCACUUUAUCAGGUUAGGAAUAUUCCAGUAGUUGACUCCUUCAAAUUUGAACGGAUAGCGUUGAAGUGUGAAAAAAUCAUCGUCGUUGUCGUCAUCUAACAAAGUUCUUAACAUUUUGCUCACAGUACUGCCCAAUCCCAGCGAUUUCAUAUCCACAACUGGAAAACGAGUUGUUCUGCAACAUCUUCUAUUUACGUCAUCUAUGUGAUACGGACAAGUUUCCUGAUUGGCCAAUCAGAGAGCCAGUAAGUUUGACGUUUUUCCUUGUUUACAAGCUUGAUCAAAGAGCCAUUGCCGCUGACAUGCCCAAGUUCCGUCUUCACUAAUUCAAUGUUGUGGUACUGAAUGCGACAAAAAUAUUAGCACUACUUUUUGAAGCGUUGAAUAGCGGACGUCAAACAUGAAAAUGACGUGGAAAAUGAGAUUAGUUAAUUAGGAUGCUAGAUUUUUCCCAGCAUGAGUAUCGCUAGUUGAUUUUUGCAUUUCGCAGUGCAGUGUUUUUACCUUCAAUUUCGACCCCAGAGCAGCACGGGCAACGAGGAUGUGUUUCCUUUGCCUGUGACGGCUGUUUGCCCCCACCCCUCCUCCCUUAUCAUUAUGAGCAUGGAAAAAUUCUCUUCAACGAAGUCAUCGCUUCUUCACUGAGUUCAGAUGCCAAAUGAAAGGUGUGACUGCGAUGCGGUUGCCAUGACUACCUCGUUUUAGGUGUGUUUACAUUCAUUUCCGGCCCCUACCUCCGCCCCAUACCGCCACUCAUGAUCACGUGGUACUUUGUGCCUUUCGAGCUUACCGACAAGCGGUGAGAAGAAAGGUUAACUCGAAUUCUUUUGUUUAUUUGCAGGUUCGCCUACUGAAGGACAUCCUAGAAGCUUGGAAGAAGGAAGUGGAAAAGAAACCCUCGGAUCUGACAUUAGACGAAGCCUAUGAAACUCUCAAAGUUAAAAAAGACCCCUCAGGGUAGGACGUGGCUUUAACGAGUCCACACUUCAAGUCAAAGUCUGUCUGUAUGAUUUUACUCAAAGGCUGAAACUAUGUUAUGCGGCCAUGUAAAUAGCAUCACACACUUGAUGUGGCCCCGUCGGUUGUUUUUAUAGUAAAACAUCUCGAUGUCCUUUUCGGAAACCAAGAGCCUUCGGGUUCUCUUCACAAAAUGCUGGACAUGUCGGGUGUUUUUUGGUGGCGCGGAAACUAUAGUCUGCUACACGUUGCGUGACCACACUAAAAACGGCUGUGUAGCAGACUAAGGAAACUAUUGUUGGUUCGCUUUUGUUUUAUGGUGUAGCUAUUGUUUUUUGUCUUUUCAAUCUCUCGUAUUACGUCACUUUCGUGAUUGCGCUGGUCGUCAAUACCAAGCAACCACCAACUUAUCCGAUAACAAACCUUUGAAUAUUUUUGUCCAACUGUUCUGUUUCUCGGUGCAUACUGUGAAAGGCUUUUGUUAUUCUUUUAGAAUAAUUGAUUACUUAUUCUUUCAAUGCAGAAAAGUCGAUGAAUCCAAGAUAAGAAAAGCUUAUUUCAGAUUGGCGCAGAAAUAUCAUCCAGAUAAGAACCCCGAAGGACGGGUAAGAAACGAUUUUGUGCAAAAAUACUCUCGCAGAUAUUGUAGUUAAACUCGGAUCAAUGUAGGUUUCUGAGAAACUGCCCACCUACUCCUCCCCUAACUCAACAUUAACGCUUACUUCUUACUUAGGGCAAAAUGUUGGGUUAGGGGACGGGUAGGUGGGGAGUUUCCCCAGAAAUCUAAAACGUGGGGGAAGGUGCCUGUGAGGUUGUGGGAGCCCCGAACUGCAGCCAAGUGCAAUGCGUAACCUCGACAACCGGAGAGUGGCAUCCACCGAUGCACCGUCACACUGCUAACCAGUGGAACCUAACAUACCCACCAUACUUACCGUAGGGGGAAGGGUAGGGAGCAGAAAAAAAGACUUUGCAAACACGAGCGACGACAGGCAACGAAAACCAAAAGGUAAUGACCUGACCCCAAGAGAAUAGCUGUGAAUAGACUCAUGAGCCCCUGCGACGCGGUUUGGACGCCCCCGCAUAUGUCAUAGCUUAACAUAGAAGAUUGUAAUUUUAAAUUAUUUGGAAAACAGUCGAUGUACCAGGUGGUAUAAGACCCCAAAUAAAAAAAAUUAUCUUUUCUUGUCUGUCCAGCAAUGUCUUGAGUUUAACUGAGCGCUACAUGCAACUUUUAUUAACUUUCCUUCCAUAUUCCGUUUUAGGACAUUUUCGAGAAAGUUAGCAAGGCGUACGAGUUCCUGUGUUCGAAGGAUUCCAAAAAAGUUCAAGGACCUGAUCCCCACAAUAUUGUGCUUAUCCUUAAGGCGCAGUCCAUUCUCUUCAAACGUUACAAGGAAGGUAAAGUUAAAACAGCGAGAGUGACUUUUUGGUCAAGAUCUGUCAAGAAGAUGUUUCGUUGUGUGGACAGGAAACUGCAACCUCGCCAGUUAGACAACAAAUCUAGGAGCUUAGCUUUGUCGUAUGCAAGGCUGAAUCUUAAAAACGUAGGACGAUUCGUUUGUUUUCGUGUCAUAGAUCUAUAGGUUGGAGGUGGUGUUUAUUAACUUAGGGCGGUAUUUUUUUUGUAACAGUUACAUCAACCCAAGCUAAUUCAUCAAACACAUUGACAACGUUUUUCUGACUCAAACUAUUUGUACAUUCGCAGAGCUUCAGCCUUACAAAUACGCGGGUUAUCCCAUGUUGAUAAAAACCAUCAGAUUGGAAACAGAAGAUGGAUCUGUGUUCUCUAAAGAUGCCCCACUGUUGACAGCCGCUAGUGAACUCGCUUAUCAUACAAUGAACUGUUCUGCGCUUAACGCAGAGGAACUCCGCAGAGAAAACGGCAUCGAGGUAAAAAAAAAAAAAAAAUGCUGAAUGUGUAUCAGGUCGUUGUUUAUUACUAAGAUAGUCUUGAGGUGUUUUUAAUAGCCCUUACUUUCAGUAGCCUCUGGAUUUGAAGGUUCCAUUUAUGUAUUGUAAUACUUUUAUUGUUGAUAUAAUUUUUAUCAGGUGGCUGUUGAUCAAUGUGAGUGGGCUGUUACUGAAUUCAGUCCAAUGACUUGUUUUUUUCUUUAUUUUCCGUAGCUGUUCGAAUCGGAUAGCCUGUUUGCUAAUCUGCUACACAGCCGUUUUUAGUGUCGUCACGCAACGGUCCUCUCCAUGAGGGAGGAGCGUUGCGUGACGACACUAAGAACGGCUGUGUAGCAGACCAGACUACCUGUUUGCUUGAUUAGCAGCCAAAAGUCGUAAAAAUUUGUUUGUUUUCAUUGCUCGUUUACAUCAACAAUGAGUUUAUUUCAUAUUCAGGCUUUACAAGAAGCUUACAGCCGAUGUUUAACAGCCAUUAGUAGGCUUACUGAGCCUCAUGAAAUAGCUGUCCAGGUAAGAUGAAAAAAAUAAUGACCACCUAGUCAAACGAAUGUUGCAGCUUGAAGUGUAAAAAAAUCUCUGGUUUUGUUUUCUUCCGUAAAAAUUAAAUAGCAGUACCUUGUGAGAGAAAAAAGGUGUUAUUUUAAUAUUCUGGUCAUAGGUUUUUCCCCACGAGUUUCAUUGUUGGAUUUAACGGUCGCUUACCUAUAGAAAACCUUUUCUGUAAGUUCUCGAAAAAUCGGUCUAGCCUACUGCCUUUCCUGCCUUGGACAAAGAUUUCUACUGUUAGUCGCGUAAGUGCGACGGUUUUGAGUUUUAGGGAGAAUUGAACUUGACUUCUGCUUGUUGGUCCCUUUUCAGGUGUGCACCCAUAUCACAAAAUGCUACACUGUGGCGUCCCAAUUUGAAGAAUGUCGUGAGAAGAUCACAGAAAUGCCAGAAAUUAUUAAAGAUCUUUGCCGUGUUCUAUAUCACAAGGUUUGUAAAUGAUGUUGUUACAGUUUUUACAAUGCUGGCUUUAUCUCCCUCAAAAAGAGUCACAUUUACUUCCGCAUUUCUUUGAGAUCUUGAACGUCAGUUCAAUGUCAAUCGAAUCUCUCUUCUUUUCCUUCUGAUGAACACUCCUGAUCGCUAACCUCUAUUAACCCUUUAAGCCCCAAUAUCCACAUGCAAAUUCUCCAAACUGAUCUCUAUACAUUUUCUUAAAGAAUGUGUUGAGAGAAUUUGGUAAAAGAGCCAAGGCAUUUUCUCUUAGGUGAUCAAUUUAUUAAUUCUCAUAACCUAAUCUCUUGACAAUCGAUAGAUAUGGUUAGGAGAAAAUUGAUGUUGGUCACCAACUACUUAACUAACUACAAGCCAUGAGUUCGAAUCCCGUUGAAGUCCCAAGAUUUUCUUCGCGUUUAUUUGCAGUUGUUUAAAUUGCAAUUACUACUGCGACCGUCAUAUCUUCAUUUAAAAAAAUUGUAUUUCCGCAGUUUACAUCAUCUUCAUGUAACUAGAAUCUAGUCAAUAAAACUAUUGCAUAUGUACGUAUAUAGGUUGUGAUUCAGUUGUAUCCUUACUGCAGUGUCUUAUUCGCCACUUUAGAAACGAGCGGGGAACUGGAGCCGAAAUGUGUCCCGCAAGUGUUACUGGGAUCGUUACUGGGGACGUGGCGGUCAGCUAUUGGCCACUUUUCGUUGUCCUUAGCUACAAACAUUCCCAGAAGUCUUGGCGAAAGUUUUCUCGACCCAGUUUCCGUCUCAAUUGUAAAGUGGCGAAUUUUCAUUUACUUUAUGUUUGCUACACUCCCAAAGCCCGCUCCUCCCACCCCACCCUCUCUAUUUUUGUUGUUAGGUACUGAUACGUUUUUUUCAUCUCUAAAAAAGAAUCUUCCAGCUCUUUGCUCGGUGGCAGCUGAAUGUGUCAGCGCUUUCUCCGUGGAGUUCUGGCUUCAAACACAGCUCUUACAGGUAACGUGAUCAAAAACCUGAAAUCUUUCAGUUUUGGGGAGAGAAAAGUAGUGACGAGUAGCAAGUUUUCAGUGGGUUCAGUUCCUCCUUCGAUGAUGUUUCUUAUCUUAUUUGCAGUCGUUCAGUAGAGUGUUUAUGGGAUGAUGAUUUUCUUGUAGGCUGGCGUGUUGUGGCAUUUGCUGUUGUUUCUGUUCAACUAUGACUAUACAUUGGAUGAAAGUGGUGUAGAGAAAAGCGCGGAGACCAACCAACAGGUUUGACUGUUUGAAUGUAAAUAUACUGUAUGCUUUGUCUAGUAAUGCUUAUAUUAUAUUAUACCACUGACAUCUGCUUAUAUUUUGUUUUACAGGAAAUUGCAAAUAACCUUGCGCGGCUGAGUGUUGAUGCUCUGGCAAGACUCGGCGGAUAUCUGUGUAAGUGAAUAAAGAUUUUUAGAGUACCUUUUAACGUCGAAACCGCAACACCGAAGGGAAUCACUCUCGCCAAAUGUAACACUCGCAAACAAUAUUAAAAAUGAGCCAAUCAGCUUUCGAAGUAAGUUUAUGAAGCAGGCGCGAUCGGCGGGAAAAUUCAAUGUAACCAGGUCACAAUUAGUCGAACCUGAUAGGUUGAGAAAGUGGCGCGAUAUUUUUUAACCAGUCACAAAGCCUUGUAAGACAGACACCAGCAAACAUUAAAUAAUUGUUGAAGCUCGAAAAAAAAAAACGAUUCGCUAUUUGCACAUUUCCCACAAUUUUGUUCCCAAAUUUUGCUCUAGCAUUGUCUUCAAUUUCUCUUGGACCGACAGUAAUACCCAGGAGAAAUUAAAAACAAAGGUUAUGCAAUAUACUUUUCUGGGAGGUGGGCAAGCAAGUUGUAUUGUAUGAGAUGCGCAAAUGACGAAUUAAGGAAGAUUUGUUAAUCGUUAAUUCUCGAGCGAGUGACAAAUCCAAGUAAACAAUAAAAACUGUUGUCCUUAACGUGAAAGUUGCUUCUCUCCUAGUCAUGGUUUCAUACUGUUUUGAACGGUUUUUUUUUGGUCUUUCAGCGGACGAAAAUGCAACACCUGAGAACCCAGCCAUAAGGAAAUCUCUGUCCAGCAUGUUAACGCCAUACAUUGCCAAGCAAUUCAGCAAUGACUCACCAAAAGAGGUAUGUGCGGAAAUUAGCUUAAGGAGUAAUAAAGAUCAAUAGGAGGACUCUUAAAAAAACAUCGCUCAAUGACCUGCAACAAGUGAGGUUUCCACAGACGCACGAUUUUUCAAGUUGGUCUAACUUCUCAGACUGAUUUUAACCAAUACGAAAGUGGAAAUCCAAGAUAGCGGCCGUUUAUGAUUAUGUAAUGUUUGCUUCAUAUGCGUUACAGUCAACCUACGGUAUAUGAGACCUACACUGACCUGCUGUAAACGCAUCAUGUUAAUCAGAAGAGACAGUGCUUCAUUGCACACCGAAACACUGAAACAGCAUAUCAAACAAUGAGGAGAGGACUGUAGUAAAAACGAGUAGCGGAGUAGUUUUAACGAACUUUGAGGUGAUCGUGUGAUGUAACAGUGUAUAGAGUGUUUUCACGGGAAAAUAACGGUUGCGACAAGCGAAGAGCGUUUUCUUUAGAUGACCAAACAUGUCACAGUGCGUUUUUCUUGGUCUCCCUUUUGUAUUGUUGAUGAGUUUGAGAAUGUCGUAGCCUCUGCGUCCUUGAAAUUUACGCAGAGACCCGUCCCUCUCGGCACUUGACGACAGAAAAGCGUCGUGUUUUUUUUAUUUUAAAACCUUUGACUUCGUGUGUUUUAAACUGUUCUCCUUAGAUCCUCAAGAUGCUGAACAGUAAUACAGAGAACCCCUACCUAAUCUGGGACAACGCGACUCGUGCUGAGCUCACUGAGUUCCUUGAGAGAGAACAAAGCAGGAAAAUUGAAACGGUAAAUAAGCUUUACAAUCUUCGUAUGUUUGUAACCCGUGAAACAGCAUAGACCUUUCCUUUCUGAUCAUCCUUGUUUUCGUUUUCCAGGGCGAUUGUGACACCUCGUUUGGUGCUAGGUUUACUUUCUCCAUUUUUAGCGAAGAGCUAAUUGUGGGCGAGAUUUUUGUGCGCAUCUACAAUGACCAGCCUCUAUUUCCGCUCGAGGUGAGAAUUGUAAUAGUCUUAAAUUCCGCGCAUGCACGCUUCGGAUUAAGCACUGUGUUAACUAAUCACACAUAAGACAAGCCAGGCGUUGUUGUCUACGCGUGUCUCCCGCGCUUUGCACGUGUACUGUGAUUGGUUCACUGGGUUUUAUGAUAAGGCGUCACGUUAUGUUCGCCCAGAGAAGUAUAUUUGGAUUUGGGAGAAAGGAGUGGUGCAGCCUCCCUGCAAUGUGACCUGAGUUUGAUCUCCGGAAGCGGCUACAUAUAUAGGUAGAGUACUUGAGUUUCUAGUUGGUUCUUUCGGGUGCUCUGGUUUUCCUUACUCUUUAAAAACCAUCAUUCCCAAUUUCCAUCAGGGCGCUCGAACGCAUAAAAACAAGUUCUUAAGAGCUUAAGGGUCUUUCCUUGGUAUACAAAUUACAUUUAAAGCACCUAUUGAGACACUGCGUGGUCUUAAAGUAAAGCAUUAUAUAGUCUCUACUGAAACUUUUUCGAAGAGAAUCUGCCUCUUCAAGUUACAGGUCAUGAACGUUUGAACGGGGAAGAUUUGUAAAUAACUAACGUACCCGUGUUUUUGUUCUAAUUGUAGGCUCCUCUGAAAUUUGCAGCAGAUUUAAUUAACUUCCUCGGUUCAGAGGCACAGGUUGGUAAAGUGAACAACAUAGCAGUGCUUUUUGAAGUGUUUGUUGGGAAAUAAUGUGCUAAAACUAGGCUUGCAUCCCGCCGAGCUCGAUAUCUCGAGUCAACUCUGGAUACUUCGAGUGUAGGCCCGAGGAAAGUUGCCUUGGAGUUAAAAAGGUGGUAUUAUUAUGUAUGAUUUUUUUAUUAUUAUUUUAUAAUUUCCGUUUCCAGUACCUUCACUCUUUGAUGGCGCUCACGUCAACUGAGCUGGAUUGUCAGAAAAAUCAAAAAAGGCUGGACGCAAGUACAAUGGCUCUGGAAGCACUCAGAAACGUCAUCAAAAACAACUCAGGUAAAUAACUGUUCAGUUCAGGGUCCUGUUGCUUAACAUAACUUAAGGUGAGGGUUAGUGCGAACAUUUGAAUUCUUUUGGUCUGCAAUUUGGUGAUUGGAUGCUCUUAAAAGGAAAGGGAAAAUUGUCCGAGAAAAUGCUUUUUAACAAAAGAAACAGAAAUCCGGAUUAAAAUUUAACCCCGGGUUAGCGAUAAUCGAUCUUCAAACUGAGUUCAGGGAUCCUUCUUUUGACCUGGCCCCAGUUGUUCAAAAGGUAGAUAAAGCUAUCCACCAGAUCAAUCUCUAUCUAACGGAUAGGUGUCCUUAAUACUUUUCCUAUGGGUAACGAUUUCUCCGGUGGAUAGCUCUAUACAGCAUUUGAAAAACUGGGGCCUGUACCUUCCAAACCACCUCACCGCUGGAACGCUACCAUCAAUUUUGUAACCACCUGAACUCUGUUGUUUGUUCACCUUCCAGGCACGGAAGCGCAGUGUAUCGGUCAUUAUAGACUGAUAUUCUCACUGCUAAGGAUGACCCAUGCAACGAAACUUCAGAAGUUUGCACUCCAGGUAAGUUGAAAGGUUGCUUUAGAGGCGAUUACGAUCAAUGGCAUUUUUGUGGAUGCUCAUAUUGCAGUGUCACAUCCAAAAUACAAACAUCCGUACAGUGGUGGUACAGAGUCUUGAAUUAUUGGAAAAGUCUUGAAAAUUGCCCAGCGAUUUUCCAGAUCUGGAAAACGUCUGGAAAACAGAGACAAAAUCUGGAAAAAUGGUAGAAAGUCUUGAGUUUUUUUUCAAAGCUACAACAGGUGUUUUAUAAGUGUUUUAGUUUUUCUUUUGUCGUUUUGGUCAAAUCUUAUUCAAUCUCGCCCGUACGUUUGCAUCGUGAAAACAAGCUUUGUUUUCCACCUGUUUGAUAACUUGGAGUCUGGAAAAAGAAAUGAUUGUUUUGGAAAAAUAAAGUGUCUUGAAUGUUGGAUCCAAAUAUCUGUACGAACCCUGUCCAUAGUAAAUAUGGCGAACAAAAGGUUUUGCUGGUGACAGGGUAAGGCGUUUAUGAGUGUUUCUGUUCAAUGGCAGGUAAUCUCAAGCACCACAGGAAACAAGAACUGUGUUUCAAAUAUUGCUGAUUCUGAUAUUCUUGGAUUCCUUUUCCUCACACUGCACACACUUCCCUCAGGUAUCGUUCCUGGAUUUCUAUGUUUUCGAUCGAUUAUUUCGGGCUUAAACUGAUUUGUUAGUGACAUUUCUUGUGUUCUCACUUCAGAUCGUCUGUUGACCGUUGAUACAAUGCAUGCGCUGUGUUCAAACACGAAGCUUGUUAAGGAGACAAUGCAUAAGGGUAAGCAGCUUAGAACAAACACAACCUGACUGAAGAAAUGUGGGCUUAUGCUGUGUUUAAAGGGGUCCUAAGAGUAAACAAAUCCCCUUAAUAUUUAUUAUUAUUCUCAGAUGUAUAUCUGCUACAGUGGGUAGAAAAGCUGUGAAUAAACCGUUAUUAUUAUUAUUAUUAUUAUUAUUAUUAGAAGUAGUAGUAGUAGUAGUAGUGGUAGUAGUAUUGUUGUAUUAUUAUUGUUAUUAUUAUUAUUACUCGUAAAAAUGAUGUAAACUCAAUGAUAGAUGAUGGAUGUAAGGGGUUCUCUCUGCUCUUCAUAAUCAUUUAAUUUUACAAUUCUCCUCAGUCUCAUAGUGAAUAUUACUCAUUUUAGAUUCUCAUUAGAUUGUAAUACAGUAUGCGUAGUUUUAAUAUUUUUACUUUUUUAUUGUUUACGUAAUUCCAGUUAUAAAUAUUUAUUGUGUCCGCAAAUUAGUAUGGGGUUUUUCCCAAGCUAUACGGCUCCGACACAUUAAUAAAGUUUUCUAUCCAUCUAUUGACAUUCUUAACUCUUGUAUGUUACUUCAUUACAUUGUAACUGUUGUCACCUAAAGUUGAGUUCCUCUUUAUCAGGUGGUCUUAUUUACCUUCUCGACUUAUACUGCAAUGGUACAAACCCAACUGUCCGCGAACGAUCUGCAGAGCUGUUUUCAAAAAUGAUGUCCGACAAGCUCAUAGGACCUAAAGUCAAGAUCGUCUUGGCCAAAUUCCUGCCCGCCAUCUUUAUGGAUGCCAUGCGUGAUAACGCUGAGGCCAGUGUGCACAUGUUUGAAGGUGAGUUAUAGAAGGUCAAGUUUUCUGCCGGAAGGCGGAAGUGUACUUCCCCAGUCUGAUUAUCCAUUAGAAACUAGUCUCUUCAUGGCAAAAUCUUUCAAUCUGGCAAGUUAUACGUCAAACGCGACAAGGAUUGUUUCAUUCGAUAUUCAGAUACCGUGGAGUAAUAUAUCAAGCACGAUUCAUCUGAUUAUCAAACACCGAUAAGUUAACAACUGCAUCGCUAAAAUGGAGGUUGGGUGCCUGAAGUAUCCAGGGGCUUCCACUAUUGGCAGCAAGCCCCUAGAUUGAAAUAAUGCCCCCAUGACCGGCACAACAGCGCAACCCAGCCAUGACCCCCCACACGAAAGGAAAGGAACAGGCACCCGUCAUACUGAAAACAUCAGUGGAGAAAAACCCAACAAGCCUAGGGGUAGGGCGAGAGGGGAAGAAAAUGGCCGCCAGAACCCAGCACGAAGGUAAAACUGAACGCGCCAAGGAAUCACAUGAUCGAUGUAGCCAGCCACCGGGCGUGCGCAUGCCAGCAUGCCAAAGAGCGCUGACCUAGGCACCCAGGCGCUCCUAGUUGUUAACUCCUUUAAAUUGCAUUUAAAUGCAUUUAUAUAUCAAACACGAGGAGUGUUUCAUGUGAUAUAUCAAACACGAAAAGGAGUGUUUCAUGUGAUAUAUCAAACACGAAAAGGAGUGUUUCAUCUGAUAUCCAAACACCGAGAAGUAAUAUAUCAAACACAAGAAGGAGUGUUUCAUCUGACAUCCAAACACUAUAAGUAAUAUAUCAAACACAAGACGGAGUGAUUCAUCUGAUAUCCAAACACUGAGAAGUAACACGUCAAACACAAGACGGAGUGAUUCAUCUGAUAUCCAGACACCGAGAAGUAAUAUAUCAAACACGAGAGGGAGUGUUUCAUCUGAUAUCCAAACACUGAGGAGUAAUAUAUCAACAAAAAGGAAUAAGUAAUGUAACAUACACAAUACAGUAAUAGAGACGAUAAGCAUCCCUGUCUCUUUCAUUUGGGAGUUUUCCUGGGGGUGUCGAGCCCCUUUUAUGUCGACCGACCUGUGUAACGAGUGGUAUUCUUCACCCCAGUCACAGUUAAAUGUAUGAGAUAGCACCCUCUUAUAAGGCACCCCUGUUAUAAGAAACGCGUUUUCCCAGUUUGCUUGCAUUCCGUUAUAUCAGGAAUCCACUAUGUCUGGAAAUCGGACGUAAAAGUUUGUUACAGCUUGUUAAUUAACUUUUUAACGAAAGUAAACUUUCGUAAAAAACGUUUUGGCAGUGCUUUCCUUUAUUUUCUCUCUACGAGUUAUUUAUGAUUCUGAGAGAGUCAUUUAUUCUUUGUGCAGCCAAUCAGGAGAACCCUGAGUUGAUAUGGAAUACAGAAGCUAGAGAGAAAGUCUGUUCGGUAAUCAAAAAGCUCAAAGACAGGUAAGUCUUUCAGUGGUUUUCGUGUGUUACGUCAACUCUCUUUAAAGGCAGAUUUACACGGUACGAUUUUUGCUUACGAUUAUCGUGUGCGGAUAGCAUACGUCAUGACUUACGACCAUCCACACACGCACAAUUUUCACCUAGGACAUCCACAAUGUGUCGUACGAAUGUCGUGGGUCUAAUAGGCCGUUAACGAGUUCCCUCGGGUUUCUGUAUCAAAACGAAGUUAAGUGCUCAGCCUUUGAUGUGGAAAUGAUUUUUCAUUCUCAUGCAAACAAAACUCAUUUUCACCAGAAAGGUUGUGCACUUGACCUCAUUUUGAAAGUGACGGUUUUUGGAACUCGGAAGUGGCGUAUUUACACGACAAGAUCUACCGUGAAGUCAUGACCUAUGCUAGUCGCGCACGUUAGUGGUAAGCAAAAAUCGUACCGGCUAAAUCGGCCUUAAUACGGACACAUUUGGGACAGCACUAGAUGUUCGUCCAAGAAUGAAGAGUGAUGCCCGUCUUAUAGAGAGUCAAAUAAAGGGAGUAAAGAAAGUAAGGGACCAACUCUUGGUGUCUGUUUUACCGAGGUGUCCGUAAAGACAGAGUCGACUGUAUUCAUUUUGAUCAUUGUGUUAGCUGGCUGUUCAACAAAGAAUGGUGCAGUCUGUUGGUGACUUGGCAGCACGCGUGCCCUCGCCUCACACCCUUUUUGGCUUUGGUGGGGGUACCAUUAUCGGUGCCGACAUUUGUCAGUUGUGUUGGAUAGUAAGCCUUGCUCUAAGGGCUUUUCUCCGGGUUCCUCAAUCUUUCUGCUUACCCAAAACCAAUAAUUCGAUUGAUAAUUUUCGGGUUACAAGUUUGUCAGUCAAAAGAUUAUGUAUAAUGUGAAGAAAAGGUUAUUCAUUUAUAUCUUGACACUAUUUAGGAUACACUGUUCAUUGAAUUAUAUGUAUUCUUCUUUUAUUUAGUCAUUACCAGGCGCAGAAGGACAGUCCUGAUAUUCAGUGGAAGGUUAACUGGAUCCUUUAUACUGUGUUUUUGUUAACUUGCCUCUUCAAAGCCUAAGAAAACAGCCGACAUUUCGUGACGCGACCACUGGUUUUCCCGCGAAAUGACGUCUGAGAAACAAGCGCAGAAAUUCCAUACUGAGGACGCGCCACUAACCAGAUCAUGGUAGAAGCAGACAGACUUCCGGACAAACGUCUAGGCAAACUUCCAGACAAACGGCUAGACAAACGUCCAGACUAACCUAAGAUCCGGCCCAGUUUUAGCGGUUGUCAUACAUUCUCUCUAACGGCUACCGCUUGGUUUUCGUUUCGCCGUGCCCGCCGGAAUGUUAUUACAAAGCGAAACGAAAAUUGAGCCUAAUCUCAGGUUACUUUCAGACAAACCUCCGGACAAACUUCCAGACUAACCUGAGACCAGGCCCAAUUUUAGCGGUUGUCAUACAUUCUCUAAUGGCUACCGCUCUGUUUUCGUUUCGCCUUGCCCGCCGGAAUGUUAUUACAAAGCGAAACGAAAAUUGAGCCUAAUCUCAGGUUACUUUCAGACAAACUUCCAGACAAACUUCCCAGAUGUGGGUAGUGACCCGUCAUCAGAAUGGAAUUUCUGCAUUCGUUUCUCAGACGUCAUUUCUUGGGGAAACGGGUAGUGGCGUCGCCAAAUGUCGGCUGUUUUGUCAGGCUAAUCUCUUCAGGAAGCUACCAGACGUAUUAAAUAAUUUUUUUUUGGUUUGUUUGUUUCAGCUUCCCGAAGACUUCCAAGUUUUAUUUGACGAUGCUGCUGGUGAAUUAAUUAUCGGUGGAAUUUAUCUCAGACUGUUUAUCCAGCAACCUGCGUGGGUAAGUGUCAUGAACGUUUCCAUUUGCCCCCAAACAUCAUUCUGGGAUCGUAACUUGGGACGCGCCGGUCAGCUAUUGGACAAGAUUUUAUUAACAGUCCCAGGUGUCUUUGCGUAAGUUAAAUCGGCCCAGUUCCCUUCUCGUUUCUGAAGUGGCGAAUGCACACCUGAUUGGCUCUUUUGAGGUCUCGUUUGAGACUGGGUCGGUGUUGUGUCGAACUGCAUUAUGGGACUGUUUUGGGGGCGAAUUUUGACCCAGUUUCCUACGCAACCUCGUAUUCACCAAUAAAAGAGCUUUCGCAAACAGUCCCAUAAGGUAACCUACAAAUAAUCCUCCCUUUGAACCUUCGACGUUGCAGAUUUAACAAAAAUAUUCUAUUUUUCCGCGCCCCUGUUGAUAAGUCCAAAACUCUCUUAACGUGUAUUUCAGUUUUUUUGACAGGUUCUUCUUGAGUGUCUUGACACUCACAGUUACUUUUUUGUAAUUUACAGCCUUUCACGAAACAGUGAGCAUCCCACCUCUUCUAUUAGCCCUCCAGCCUGUUAAGUCCCACACCUUCGACGUGCAGAUCUUAACAACUCUCUUAACGUUUCUUUUUUUGACAGGUUCUUCGAAAGCCGAAGGAAUUCCUGAUAGCUUUACUUCAGAAGUUUGUCGAUUUGCUUGCAAAACCGCCCUCCGAUGUAAGUGGAGAAUUACCUUGAACUUCUCAACAAUGUCUCCCGUAAAUAUGCUGCCGAAAUUCAGUCCUUCCUUGUGAAAAUCACAAGGAUAUAUGGUUUCCUAUUUCGUACUUUUUUAACUUCAACUUCAACUUCAACUUUAUUUAAAUUUGGAAAUAUAACAAAACAUACAUUGGGAUUGGUUUAUUCGGGGUUAGACAAAUACAAAGAAAUUAGACGUUAUAUAAGUAUAUGCAAUUUACAUUAAAUAGAUACUAUUCUACUUAAAUGCAAGGACAAUAUUAAAGUGGAAUUUUGAAAAUAAAAUAAAAUGAAAAUAAAGGACAAGAGAAUUACUUUUUCAUUUUCACGAUGAUCGUAUCCACAUCAAUAUAGCAGUCUUACUUGUUUAUUCGGGGUUUCUAGAAAGGGCCGCCAGUAUACUUCUGUAAGUAUGUAUUUUUGACAAGGUCCUGUGUUCUUGGAAUGACACCUGUUUCUUUUUCUACUCUAGGGAGAAGUGCUCGAGACUGUUACCCAGGCCACUCUGUGCCUGUUCACGGCGCAGCCCUCGCUAGCAGACCAGGUACGUUUUAAAACGCAACCAGCUCACUCAGUACCACAGGAAGAUAAUGAUCAGUAGCUUUCAUUUGAAUGGUCAUACCAAAGGAUUUCAUCCACAGACUCAAAUUUAGAACAAAUAAACAGAACAACGUUGUCAGUAACAUGAAUAAACAGUACCAGACGGGAAAGUACAGCAUGAUAAACAUCACCAAAUAGUACUGUUUCAUUUGAAUGGUCACCACAGGAUUUCAUCCACAGACUCAGAAGUUAGAAAUUUCAUCCACAGACUCAAAAUUUAGAACCACCUUGUACAACAUAAUAAACAGUACCACAGGAAAGUACGGCUUAGUAGCUUUUAUUUGAAUGUAUCAACAGUUUCUUGUUAUUUUUCAGGUGCCUGGCCUUGGUCAUAUCCCUAGCUUAGUAAAGAGUAUGAGCUCCUCUAAUGAUGCCGUAAUCAAAUCUGCAGUUCAGGUUGUCUACACCCUGUCUUCUAAUGAGGUACUGCUUGUGUCUCUUUAGUAAUUUAUACUUCUACAUGAGAAAUUUCUGCAAUUUGAUUGGCUUAGAGCAGUGGUAUUUCAGCUUAAUUUGAAAUACCUACAUGUGAAAAUUACAAACCUUUUGUGGGUAGUAGUAUAAACAAAUAAUAGCAUGAUUUGUACGUGAAAUUUGGCAUAAAUACCACGAGUGAUAUUUCAAAAUUGUCACAAAUUACGGAUAACAAUUUUGAAAUAUCACUCGUGAUAUUUAUGCUAAAUAUCACUACUAAUCAUGCUAUUACCUAUACAAACCAUACUGGAAUUUGUGAUCUGACACGAAGAGGACAGCCUCAAUGCCAGUGAUGAACGAUCCCCAAAAUUUCUUUGUCUCCAAAUUCGUAGUCGUCAUUGUCGUCACGCAACACUUAGCUUCGUCGGAGAGUAGGCAGUAUCAGUAAACAACGCGAUGAAGGUAGACUCGCUUAUGCAUAAAAGGAUUUCUGAACAACAGAAUGACUGAAAAACGGCAGGGGCCAACACCAGGUGUUCGUCUUAUACAGGUGUCCGUAAAGAGAAAUUCGACUGUAGUUCACAAUUAGUGAAUUGUCAGUGAUGCAACACUUUUUUGUGAACUUUAACAAAAAGAAGAACGUUUUGUUCAUUCAACUUCAUUCCAGAUCUGUGUUCGAAGCAUGGCGCAAGUCAGUGACUGUAUCAGUCACAUGAUCAAAGGCAUGGAUGCGAGGCCAGAUGUGGUGGGUGCGGCUUGCGAGGCGCUCCACAAAAUGUUUGACAGGAAUCAUACAGAGCUAGUAGCACAGGUAAACAGUCACUUGUGAUGCACUUAAAUAACGAGCGAGUCGCCAUUGACCACUCCAGAAAAUACCAUAACACACCAUAAUGCUCUUUGUUUCUCACCCCCCAAAAUUUGCAUGAGCAUUGUCUUCAGUUUUUCUUGGGAGUUAAAAUGGCCCCAAGAGAAACUGAAAACAAUGCUUUUGUAAAAAUUUUGGGGCGACAAUCAAAAAGCAUUAUGGUAUGUUAUGGUAUUUUCUGGAGUGGCCAAUUACCUAUUCGCCAUUUUGGAAACGAGAGGGGAACUGGAACCGAAAUGCAUCCCGCAAUUGUUUCUGGGUUCUUUACUUAGGACGCACUGAUCAGCAAUUGGCCAAAUAGGCCAUUCCUACGAUAACGUCAUUUUACUACUACGACCAGAAUCCUUCAGGAUUUUGCUUUCUUGUGCAAAUUAGGGCUUUUGUUUUCGAAACCUCACUGGGAAUACUAAAUUAGAAUAUGAAAGGAGAAACGAAAAGGAUUCUGGUCGUAGUAGUAAAAUGACGCCAUCAGACUAGUAACAGUCCCAGAAGUCUUUGCGAAAGUUAGCUCGUUCCAGUUUCCUUCUCGUUUUUAAAGUGGCGCUGCCAAAGUGAUAUGGGCAUCCCCGCGUUUUGGGCAUCCCAAAACCCUAGUAAUACGGGUAUCCCCUGUAACCCUAACCCAAAUCGCUAAGGUAAUAUGAGAAGGGGAUGCCCAUAUCACUAGGGUUUUGGGAAUGGGGAUGCCCAAAACGCGGAGAUGCCCAUGUCACGGUAACAGCGAAUAGACGUGUAUGUCAAUACUAACGAGCCACUGAUGUUCACCAUUAACCCCUUAAGUCCCAAGAGUGACCAACAUCAAUUUUCUCCUAACAAUAUCCAUACAUUAUAAAGAGAAUAGGUUAUGAGAAUUGGUAAAAUGAUCACCAACGGGAAAAAAUGCGUUGAUCUUUCAUCAAAUUCUCUCAGCAUCUUCUAUAAGGAAAUGUACGUAGAUCGAUCGAGAGAAUUUGUAUGUAGAUAUUGGGGCUGCGGAGACCAGCCUUCCGAGAGGUGUCUAUCUUAGAGAAAGUUGAGUUCAAGAUAAGCUAAAGAAACUAAGCUGAGACCAGCCAACCGCUGACCGGAUGUCCACAGGGUGAGGUUCAUCUUAUAGGGAGUUUGGUUAUUGAUAAACAUAUAAAACUAAGCCAAAACCAGCCGCACACUGUAUUAGUUUUCGGGAAGUUAACCGUAGAUCUCUCUCCUCUUUGUAGGCUCUCUCGUUCGAGUUAGUCCAGUACCUUCUUAACCUCCUGAGUGGAUCAUUGAAAGCAGUGGAAAACCAAGCCGCAACUAAAGCACAGAUUGUUAAGGCUCUGAAGGCGAUGCUGAGAGACCUGACACACGGAGAUGAGGUAAAGAGUGCUAAUAAGCGUCAGUGUUUGCGCUUUGUCGGUCAAGGAGUUCAGGAGAGUCCCAGACGUGAUCAGCCAUAAUGAACUGAUUUGUUUGUCUGUCAACUUUCCCCGCUAUUGUUUAGGGACUAGAAAAUGUUGUUGGGUGUAAGGUGCCUGAGAGAGGCCUUAACUACACUGUUUUAUUCAUACUCAAAAGCGCUAUAAUAUGUAACUAUCCCCCAAAGGGGAGGUGUACAGCGAAAGAUAAUUAAGUGUCAAAAUCUUUAUAAUGUAGAAAUAUUUUACAAAGUUGCGAUGUAACUUGUGCCUUGACGCAAAAUAAGGGCGGGACUCGCCACCAUUCUUUUUUGGUCUUCCCGCGCUACGGACACCCACUUGAUAAGGACAUCUCAUUUUCCCUAAAUUCAACCCGCUUAAUACGGACACUUUCUAUGGACCCUGUCAGUGUCCGUAUUAACGAGGUUUCACUGUAAAGCCUGGUUCUCCGACGUAUGAGGACAUAACGCCGCCGGCAACAUGAAACAUCGCUGGUCUUUACCGCCGGCAUGCCUGCAAAGUUGAACUCGAGUCAACUUCGCAGGCAUGCCGGCGGUAAAGACUGACAUGGCCUCUGUUGCAGGCAACUUCGUUUCUCAUAUGGGAACGGUGUCGCAGGUAGCUCGGCAGCAUAUGAGAACCAGGCUUGAGCCUAGUCGUAUGCAGGGCAAAGGACGGACGAAGAAAAAUAGUAUGUAACCGGUAUGUAACCCUCACUUCUCUAUUUUCUCAGGUCAAUAAAGUCCUGGAGUCCUCUUCAGUGUGGGCCUCGUACAGAGACCAGAGACAUGAUCUAUUCAUAUCAGACAAGCCCGCCGUGGCUGGGUACCUAACAGGGACCGCAGGAGUGGCUGGAUACCUGACAAUGGGCUCUGGUAACCCGAGCAGUAUGUCCAGUGUACCCCCUCCUGUAGACACAGAACAGCCCGUGGAAAAUAACAGUUAACAUAUGGUACCUGAAUAAUGCUGACCUAACGUCUGCGUUAAGGUGGUGUUAAGACAAGCGUGAACUAGGAUGUAUCGAAAUAAUGCAGAUGACCUCGUGUUUGUACGAAGAUUUGCCGAGAAAAAGCCGUACGUCGGUGGUACUACAAGGCUUUACCGAGCAGAAUCGGGCUGUAUGUCCGUAAACGAAAAGCGGGCAUUAGCUCUGAAGUUUUCUUCAGAAAAGCACAGCGAAACAUUCAUUUGCUUAAGAUUUUGGUUGAUCCUACUGUCACCCUUAUUUUAACACCGCCUUGCAAUGGAAUAUCACGAAGAAUUUUUUGUUAAGGAUCAAUGAAUAUCUGUGAUUCCUUAAUAAUUUUAGCCGUGAAUAUCACGGAUGAAUUUAAUGACCAAGUUGUCUCUGAAGCCAGGCGUCAUUUUGUCCUCGCAUUUGCAUUUGUAAUUUUAUCAUCUUUUUUUAAUUAGCAUCGUGUAAAGAGGAAAUCAGGAUGGCUUCAUUUAGUUAAGAAUGAAAACUGUAAUUAAUCGGGCGCCAAGACCCGCACACACGACGCAACAUUGCGUGUAGUGGUUAAAUUGCAUAAUGCGUCUUCCCUGAAAUUGUUUCGGGCAAUAUUGCAGCAGUAGAUUCUUCUCUCUCUACAACAUUGCCCUCAGUAUGUGUCAUCCAUCUUUUCAAUAUUAGGCUGAUAUAGCUAAGACAGCGCAACGUUGGAUGAGAAGGCAAAAGUGCGCGGAAAGGACUGCACGAAACUUCUGGUUCUUAAUUUGCUUGUCUGCUAUUGGACGGGUCGUUUUUUAGAUUUUUAAGAACCGUCGUUACUGUUGUCGUGUUGUCUUAGCUAAUUAUGCCUUCUACGUGUACUGGCAAGACACUACUUUCAACUUGCUGGCCUGAAACAUCGCCUGUCGCACGCUACGAGGUAAUCUCUUGACAAAAGUUGGGUCACGUGGUGUUACAAGAAGUAGGGCGCUUAAGCAAUGACGACAACGACGACGGGAGCAAAAAGGUCGAUAAAAAAAUGAAUUUGCGUCCUUUCAAACUUUUUGCGUCUAUUUGAACUCGCUUAAUUUGUCAAAAGUAGGCGAUUUUUUUGUGGAGUUGAAUUCUUAAGGACCUUAUCAAAGUCCAAAAAAAAAAAAAAAAAUUAGUCUUCGUAUGUUCGCUGUAGAAGGUUUUGCGUCGUAGUCGUGCAGUGGACGUCAAAGAAAUGUACUAAAAAGCGUGAUGCCCGUGCAGAGCUGUUGCUUUGCUCAUAAAACCAAUUGUUUUUUGAUGUUGUCGUCGUCGUGUUUGCUCAAGCUCCCCAAUUGCCUUUUGGCCAGGUCCUUGUGUCUCAGUCCACCUUUAACCAUUAUUUUGUUAUUGGGGAGUUUGAUCCUGGCUGGAAUAAACUCUUUUUUCUGAUAACUCCUUGUCUAGCAACUUGUAUAUUUCCUUUUCUGAUCAGUUAAUGAGAUUCGGAAACUCCUACAGCAUCACGGAAUUUGCCGACAACAGUCGUUUAGGACGGUUUCGGCUUAACAGAAGGCGGUAUUUUGACAGUACUUGCGAGUUGUCCCCCCGACCAGUUCUACCAUAAAUUAUACUUCUCAAGAAGGCGUUGAUUAAGACCCUGUUUACAUGGAGUGGGGGACCCCGGUUUAGUUGGGUAAGUUUCUUUUCUUUUGUGUCCCCCAGAGCGUGAAAACAACAGAAACCAACCCCACUAGACUGGGGUCCCCCACUCCAUGUAAACAGGCCCUUAGUUUCUUUUCAUCGAAGCGCGUUUUGUAGCUCAUUUUCUUGUAGAGUGUUUGAAAAUUACCACUUAAUUAAAUCAAAGGUAGCAAUAGAAUUAGAUUAGAUUUCUUUUUCUUUUUGUUCUCAUUUGAACGAAGUGAAUUUUGAGCUUAAUGUGAACACGUCAUUCUGUAAUAUAAACAAAUUAGUAUUGCCUUUUAUAUGAAAUAGGACAGAGUAACGGAAAAAUAUAUUUUAUAAAAAUAAGGCAACAGUGC